UUAUAAAAAACACAAAUAAAAAGAGACGGCUAAUUCAAACUUCAAAAUUCUUAUACUUUUGACUGCUCACUUAAUUGGAUUCCUUUCUCUCUCUCCUCCACCAAACGCACGCUGCACCGGUGACGAUUUACAGGAGCUGCAGACGUCUCUUUAUUCAAUCAAGGGCCACAAGCUAGUAGAAGUAUAGAGCGCGUGUGUAGGUGUGACAUUUGGAUUGAUACUCAAUGCCCUCUGUGAUAUCUCCCCAGUGGCAGGACAAGGCUAGUGAAUUCAUUUCAGCUUCAGGAGUGAAGCUUAAGGAAGCUGGGAAUCAUGCUGGGUCUUUUGCCAAGGAUGCAAAAGAAAAUGUGAUUGACGUGGCUGACAGAGUUGGAUCCGUUUUUAAGAGUAAAUGGUCACUUUUCCAGCAACCCUCUACCAAGCAUGCAGUGCAAGAGCGGUUUCUUUCGGCUGCUGCUUCAACAAGCUUUUUCUUAAGGAAGGGAUUCUCAGAGACCAAAGAUAAAGUUGUCGUUGGAAAGACAAAAGUUGAAGAGGCGGCCAAGAAAACUGCACAAAGAAGUAAAUCCAUAAUAUUAGAUAUUGAAAGAUGGCAGAAGGGUGUUGCAAGCAGUGAUGUGUUUGGAGUUGCACUAGAGUUUACUGUCCAGCAGCAGCAAUCAAGCAGGCCUAUUCCGCAAAUUUUAGUCAGAUGCGCUGAUCAUCUUGUAGCAUCAGGGCUUGGCUCUCAUUUUUUGUUCAGAUUGGAAGGAGACAAGAAAGCUAUUCAGCAACUGGUUUCAUUGUAUAACCAAGAUCCUAAUGCAAUGCCACCAGAAAACACAAAUCCACUUGACAUUGCGGCUCUAAUUAAAUGCUACCUUGCAAGUCUCCCCGAGCCAGUAACCACAUUUGAGCUUUAUGAUGAGAUCAGAAGUGCUCGUUCAAGUAUCCGUGUUAUUAGAAAUGUGCUAAAGAAGCUUCCUACUGUGAAUUACAUGACACUUGAGUUUGUUACUGCCCUCCUGCUUCGUGUUAGUCAGAAGUCAAUUCUCAACAAGAUGGGUCCCCAGAGUCUUUCAGAAGAAAUGGCACCUCUUCUUAUUUGGCAAAAGGAACGAAGGCCUGAAUUGUACAGGCAGUUCUGGCAUCGUGAGUCUAAAGCUCUCACCGGGUCGAAAAGUAAUUUGGUUACUAAACCCCCGACUUAUGGAUCAUGGGACAUGCUUGAGGAGAGUGACGAUGAAGAUGCUUCAUCCCCUAUUCCCUUGGAUGAUGGCUUGCCCAUCGACUAUGCUGCGGUAGAGGUCAUCCGUUGCCUCAUAGAACAUCACAACUCAAUUUUCACUGAUGCCAACGAAACUGUCUGGAGAUGAUUCCACAGCUCGGUGUAAAGGGUGUCUGUCUCUGCAUCUUAUUAAAGAUUUCAAUUUACAAGGGUGGUCUAGUUUGGAAUUGUUUAGUGUACAUAUUAGGUAUUGGGUUUAAUAUCUCCAUUGUUAGGUGUCUUCUAUUGCUUUUUCCCGCUAUCUUGUUCAUUCUUUUUUCGUUCCGAAGAAAUUGGGUUUGGUGGUUCCUAACCUAUUAUGUGUAGGCGUAUCAAUUUGGUGUUCAUAACACGGAUAUGUUACUUUUUUCUGAAUGAUUCAAGAAGUAAACUCUUGAAAACUUUGAUUGUAAUAUUGGAUGUGGAGAAAGUCAGUAUGGUUUUGCAUAUAUUGUUGUAUACAUACUUUGUUCAUCGUAUUUUGUUGUUAGUUGUGUAAAACUUGAGUACUACAUUGAUGUAUCGAUUAAUACAAGUAUACGAUACAACUCUUGUGAUUUUGAA